CAUCCGUCAUUGUAUGUUGUAAACAUGUUUAACGUUUCAUUGUGUUGAUUUAUAUUUUUUAAUUAUUUUAAUGAUAAACUAUAUUUCCAUCUUUUAGUUUUAUUCUAUUCUAUUGCAAGGAUCAAAUUCAAAGGUUAAGCUAUAUGACGAAGCUGAAUAUUAUUCCUAUACUACUUUUUUGAUUGAUGAAUCAUCACUCAUAAUAUAAAAUUAAAUAUUAACAUUUAACUUUAUUAUCCAUCAUCAGAAGCAAGUAGAAUGGAGUGGCUGUUCGGACACCGCAUGACGCCCGAGGAGAUGCUGCGCAAGAACCAGCGCGCGCUGAACAAGGCCAUGCGCGACCUCGACCGCGAGCGCCUCAAGAUGGAGCAGCAGGAGAAGAAGGUCAUUGCUGACAUCAAGAAACUGGCCAAGGAUGGACAGAUGGAUGCCGUAAAAAUAAUGGCCAAAGACCUGGUCCGCACGCGUCGCUACGUGCGCAAGUUCAUGAUAAUGAAGGCCAACAUCCAGGCGGUGUCGCUCAAGAUCCAGACGCUCAAGUCGCAGAGCAGCAUGGCGCAGGCGAUGCGCGGCGUCACGCGCGCCAUGGCCACCAUGAACCGCCAACUCAAUGUGCCGCAGAUACAGAAGAUAUUGCAGGAAUUUGAGAAGCAAUCAGAAAUAAUGGACAUGAAAGAGGAGAUGAUGAAUGACUCUAUUGAUGAAGCAAUGGAGGCUGAUGAUGAUGAAGAGGAAAGUGAUGCUGUUGUAUCUCAAAUUCUGGAUGAGUUGGGAUUGCAGCUCAAUGACACACUGUCAGGUCUGCCUCAAGCCACAGGAUCUCUUGCUGUCUCAGCGAAAACGCCGGCGAGUCCGACGGCCGCGACGGCCAACGGCGCGCCGCUCAGCGACGCGGACGCCGAGCUGCAGGCGCGCCUCGACAACCUGCGCCGCGAGUGAGCCGCCCGCCGCCCGCUCCUACACACACAUACAUACGCGUACAUAUACACACGAGCCACACACACGCGGAUGUUCCCCCUCCCCUCACAUACAUACACACGCGCAGACAAGGCACACAGGUACACAGGCGCUCUCCACCACAUACACACACCUAUUAGUCUUAUAAACAUAUCUCUCGCAAUCUAUUGCCUGUUGAGUAAAAAAUAAUAUGAUAAUCGAAAGGGAGCGUGCAACUAUACAUAUUACAUACUCACAUUUUUUCCCUCACGCUGUGAUUGUACGAUCUGUUAAGAUAUGGAAUAUAAUUAUGCUUCGCGAAUGCUUAAUAUCAAAGUAGAAAUUGCUCAAUCGAAAAGAACACCUCAAUCUGUUGAGUGAAGUAAAAUAACUAUUUAUGUCAAGAAACUUAAAUCUGACAGUAUCAAUUUAAAAUGAGUGAGAUUGUGUCACAGAAUACCACCUCAUACUGUACAAUAAUAAUUUUUAUGAUACGAUUACAAUAAACUAAGCUUUUACCCACGCUAUUAUGUAAUGAUAUAUUUAAACUGGCCACUGAGAACCUGCUGAAAGGACAUGCAAGUGGCCAUGUUGUUUUACUGAAUUUUUCUGCGUUGAGCUUGUGUAAUCUUACAUUUGUAAUAUUAUGUACGAAUAAUGAUAAAAAAUUAUUACUUUGUUAAGUUUGUAAAUACAUAUAAAAUAUAUAACAUUUUUAAGUA